UGGUGGCUUCGCGAUCGUGGCGAUCAGGUCGUUUGUUUCGUUUCGUGUUUCGCUCGCCGUUCCCUGAGUUGCGUUGCUGUGGGUGAGUUGAUCAUGUUUGCUGCCUGCCCGCUGCCUGCUCGUCUGACUUCAUUACGCGCUAAAAGGUGCUUUUCCUCGGACAAGACUGCUGCUGGUGCUAAACUCGACUCUUCCCAGUUGUGUUUGACCAUGUAAACACGCACAAACUUCACUGUCUAGGCUCGAAUCUCAACGAUAAGCAUUCGACCAAACCAAGCAAAACAUUACAACAAGAAGCUUCCCCCCGCAGAAACAAGUACACGAUGUGCUAACAAAUCGAGCAUCUUUACCUUUACAACAGACCAGUGCGUGUGUGUGUGUGUGGGGCUCACAAUCCGGGAGAAAUUUUCCACGAGCCUUGGCGUCGAAAGAAAGGAAUAACAAAACAUCCAUUAGUACAUAUUGCCCACAAAAUCAUUCGACACAAAUCAACCCAGCCAGCCAGCCAGCCAGCCAGGCGAAAGCGUCGUCGUCGUCGAUCGAGCGGAGAAGAUUUUCGUUCGACUGUGACGCUCGUGAUCGCUCUCGUGACAGGUGUAUUUGUGUGUGUGUGUGUGUGCAGUUUUUGGUGUGCCAGUGAAAAGUGAAAAUUCGAUAUCGAAUACAGCAAACCAACCAGCUCGUGAGAGAUCGUGUUCCAUCGCUGUGUUGCAGACACCGACUGCAAGUGUCUUCAAAUGGUAGUUACGUUUAUUUUUUUCUCUCGUUUUGCUACCUUCAAUGUUUCGUUGGGCGUGUGUGUGUGUGUAUGAGGGUGUGCCGUGUGGAGGAAAAUUAGUUAAUGCAUAAGCCCCGCAGUCCACGGUCGCAUCUGAUCUGUGGAGGAAAUGUGAAAGUGCAGCAGCAUGCCGGGAUUUAUUACGAAUCAUUUUAAAGCCUUCAAGCAGCGUGUGUGUGUGCUAUGGUGUGUUUUGUGAUUUUAUUUGAGUGAAUACGUAAAGGGGAAGAAAACAAACGCGAAACAAAGCGCUUCGCAGGUGGAAAAGUGCAUCCUUGUGGGAGUUCUAUUUGUGCGCUAACCUUUUAAGAACCGAAGGCCGUCCGAACGGUUCAACAGUGCGCCGCAGUUCGUCGUUCUGGGCCGGAGUAUGGAUUACCGUUCCGGCGUACCGUGCCGUCGACCCGAUCGGAUACAAUGAGCAACGGGACGGUGGCGGGCGGCACUGGCGGCGAUGCGGACAGUUUGCCCACCUGGCGGUUGUGGGGCGAAGAACGCGAGGAGAACGCCAUCUACACGGUCUAUCUUAAGAAGGUGCGGUACCAUCGACCAACACCCAGUGCCAGCAGUCAAGAUUCGGACGAUGAAAUAUCGCACCUGGAGUGGGAAACCGUCCGGGUACGGUUCGUCAAGGCAGCCACCCUAUCCCGGCUGGUCGAUGCCCUCGCGACCGACGACGGCGAGCUCGAGAGCACGUUCGUGAACGUGUUCCUGAACACCUACCGCACCUUCGCGCAGCCGGAAAAGGUGCUGGAGCUGCUGCUGGACCGGUACGAGAAGCUGCACGCCGAACCGGCCCUACUGCAGCCCGAGUCCCUGUCGGACCAGCACAAGAAAACUCUAGUCUCUGUUCUUCACGUGUGGCUCGAUGGGUUCCCCGAGGAUUGGGACACGGACAAUUUGCAACGAUUGCUAGCAUUCACCUCAAAGCGUUUGCCAAAAUCGGAAAUACAUAUGAAAGCUUUAAAUAGGUUUACACAUAGGUUAGAUAAGUACAGUAGAAUACCACCACCGCUGCCAUGGUCCAACGAUUAUCACGAUUUCGCCGACCAGUUCGGUGGCCUCUGUCUGACACCAGCAUUCCGUGGUCCACCGUCCCACCUGCUAAACUCGUACCGCUUCCCCAACAUUCCGGUGAAGCACUUUGCCGAGCAGCUAACCCGCAUGGACAUGGAGCUGUUCAAGCGGCUCAUACCGCACCAGUGUCUCGGUGCGAUCUGGUCGAACCGGGACAAGCACGAGAGCAGCUCGGUGCUGGCAACCGUUACCCAGUUUAAUGCCGUUUCGUUUCGCGUGAUAUCGAGCAUACUGAUCGAGCCACGAUUAAAGCCGCAGGAACGGGCCCUGCUCAUCUCGACGUGGAUUGAUAUUGCGCAGGAGUUACGAUUGUUGAAGAAUUUCUCGUCACUUAAAGCGAUCAUCUCUGGACUGCAAUCGAACGCGGUGUAUAGGUUAUCAAAGACGUGGGCCGUGUUGCCAAGGGAUAAGUUGGAGCUGUACAACGAGCUGGCACGGAUAUUCUCCGAGGACAACAAUGCGUGGGCCCAGCGGGAAGUUCUGAUGCGCGAGGGGACGGCCAAGUUUGCGGACACGGUGGGCGAAAACGAUCGACACCUGCAGAAGGUGUUCCAGAAGCAGAACACGCUCAUCAGCCACGGAACGAUACCGUACCUCGGGACGUUCCUGACCGAUCUGACCAUGAUCCACGCAGCCAUUCCGGACACGUUACAAGACGGGCUGAUCAAUUUCGACAAACGGCGAAAGGAGUUUGAGGUGCUAGCUCAGAUCAAGCUUCUGCAGGGAGCAGCCAAUACGUAUCAUCUGCCGGAUGAUCCGCUGUUUGAUCGAUGGUUCGCCUCGUUGCUCGUGUUGGAUGAACGGGAGGCACACACGCUGAGCUGCUCGUUAGAACCAGCGCCGGAAAUGACGAAGAGGCCUCCAGCGCAACACCCGGGAGGUGUUACGGGUGGUGGUGGUGGUGGUGGAACUCCGGGACACAAGAAGAGCGAUUCGAUAGCGUCGAACUCGAGCAGCGGAGCAGGUUCUCAGUUUUACUGUGAUAUUAACAGCACGUCAAACGCAAGCUACAGCUCACGCAACAACUCGCUCGACCGUGACGCUACCCCGCCGAAUGCGUCGAUCCUGUCCGCUGCUAGCAGCGUGUCUUCCCUCUCGAUGGACUCCACAACAUCCGGUAGUCAGCGAUCGAAUCAUAACGGAGGUGUCGGCAGUGUACGGACACCACAGUCGAACCGAUCGCAAGGCAACGGUACAGUGGCGAAUCGCAGUGCAAACGGCUCGAAAGACCUCGAAGCACCGAUCAUUAAUGGGCAGCUGGUGCAAAACUCACCGCUCAAGAGCAGUUCGCCCGAUUUCUACAUCAUCAAGGUGACGUACGAGACGGAGCAGGUCGAGCUGGAUGGGAUCGUGCUGUACAAGAGCAUCAUGCUGGCGAACAACGAGCGCACGCCUCAAGUCAUCCGGAACGCGAUGCUUAAGCUCGGUCUGGAGGGAGACCCGGAUCGGUACACCUUAGCGCAGGUACUCCCGGACAAGGAGCUACUGCUGCCGAACAAUGCAAACGUGUACUAUGCCGUCAACACCGCCUACAACCUUAACUUCAUCCUGCGACCGAAGAAGGACGCUACGGGUAGCAGCUCUUCGGUGCCGAGUUCCACCGGUCGUCCGUAGGACGAUGCAGUGGCCUGGGGGUUUUGUACAUUUAUUUUAAGCCUAGUGAAUAUGGAAGGAAUCUUACGUUUUGUUACUGCUUUGUUUUUAACCCAACCCGAUACCAUCUAUCUAUAUAUCGCGUAUACACCGUAUCCAGUAAGAGUAGUCCCCUUUUUCCACACUCCGCAAAUCGACACGUGUGCGGCGGCGGCAGUAGAAGGGGUAGUGGUAGUGUGGGGAUAUUUUAUCUUAGAUUCUAUAAGACGCUAAGAACAUGUCGAAACAUUUAACAGUAAAGCGGGGCGGGCGGUUAAGUGUGUGGUUCAGGUUUUGAAGCUGAACUGCAGUUGACCCAAAGGGAUCAUCAAUACAUGGAAGGUGCAUUGAACAUAACUAAAGGUAUUAUCGGGAGUGACGGAGCAAGAGAGCGAAGCAACUCAUACACAAAACCAUUCAAACAUACGACUAACACGCACCCACAAGACUAGAACUACGGAACCUCCUUCUACCCAGGUGCCCUCGUUGAAGACGAUAGGAGUUUUGGAUGUUGUUUAUUUGUUCCGUGUCUUUGCAAGUUUUUCGCGCGAGACAGAUCGGUGUAUGAGUAGUCGUGGCGGGAGUUGCGUGCACGAGGCAGAACUAUUUCUGGAUCUAUACAACAGAAAGACACGUCGCACUCGGACACUUCCCUGCACGCGAGUAAGUAUUUUACUAGGAUAUUAAUAAACUGAAAAACACACACACACAACUAUUCCAAACUUA